UUUUUCCAGUUUUUUCAUUGUAAUACUUGCUCUGAAUGCAAUUUCAGCAAAUUUUUCACGAAAUAAUUAAAGAUACAUUACAGAAACGAUGACUGAGGAAAUCCAGCAGAUUUUCAAUUCCUUCCAGGACUAUCUAAACACCGAACAAGAUUUGCGAGAGGAAAUUCGCAUUAUCGUGAAGGAAAUCGAUAAAAGCGCCAGGGACAUUCUGAUAAUCCUCCAGAAUAUUCAUAAUGACAACAAGGAGGAAAACACGAUGAAAUCCAAGGCGGGAGAUGGAUUUCAUCUCGAUGUUGAAGAUUUCCUGAUGGGUUUGUGUAAACUCGCUAAUGAACUCACCCGUUUUGCAGUGAACAGCGUGACAAAUGGCGAUUUUAAUCGACCCGUGGAAAUCGCUCGAUUCGUCAACGAACUCAACGCCGGAUUUCGUCUCCUAAAUCUGAAAAACGAUGCUCUGCGAAAGGGUUCUGACGCUCUGAAAUACGACGUGAAAAAAAUCGAGGAGGUCGUUUAUGAUCUCAGCAUUCGGGGACUGAAGCCCGAAAAUGCAGAAGCUCCGCAGGAAACGGAUUAAUUUAACAGUUUGCUACUUUUUUCUUUUUAUUUUCUCUACUUUUCCAUGGAAAUUUUCGCAUCGUUUUGCGAACUUUCCUUAAAAUACUAAAGUCUGAAGUUCUUUUUUUUAUUUUGUAUUACGCUUAGAUUGUAGGGUUUUUCUAUUAUUAUAAAAUUAUAAACGCCCGACCAAGAUUCGUUGGCAAAGAAAUGGUCUUUAAAUUUGAAUCGAAUUUUUCGAUUUUUGGUUUUUGUGAUAAACUAUAUU